CUGAUCAUCAGGGCACAGCAGUGCCACCUGUCAGUGUCCAUCAAUGCCACUUGUCAGUGCACAUCAAUGUCACCUGCCAGUGCCCAUCAAUGCCACCUACCAGUGCCUUCCAGUGCACAUCAAUGCAACAUAUCAGUACCCAUCUAAGCUGCCUUUCAGUGUCACCUUCAGUGCCGCCUAACAGUGCCAGUCAGUGCCACCUAUCAGUGCCAUAUAUGAGUGCUGCCUUUCAGUGCCCAUCAGUGAUGCCUGUCAAUGCCCAUCAAUGCAACCUACUA